AUCUCUCAAGGCGAGGGCGUGGAGCCGUCAUGCCCCGCCACUUGCCGCUGCCCUUGCUUUUUCCUGGGCCGCGGUGGUUGCGUGCCGCCUCCUCUCCGCCUGCCGGCGCGCGGUGAGUGUGACAGGCGCCCCGGGGCUCCACCUCCUCCACCGCCUCUUCCUGCGCUUCCUCCCUUUCCUCUUCCCCGCUUGUCCCGCCGCGCUGCGGGGGAACGCGGGGACUGAAGCUGAGCCGCGACGGUUUGCGUGCAGCCACGGCCGCCAUGCAGAUCACACUGAAAACACUGCAGCAGCAGACCUUCCGGAUCGACAUCGACCCUGAGGAGACGGUGAAGGCACUGAAAGAGAAGAUUGAAUCAGAAAGGGGGCAAGAUGCUUUUCCAGUAGCUGGCCAAAAACUGAUUUAUGCAGGCAAAAUCCUUAAUGAUGAUACUGCUCUCAAAGAAUACAAAAUUGAUGAGAAGAACUUUGUGGUGGUUAUGGUGACAAAACCCAAAGCGGCGGCAGCAGCUGGAGCUGCUCAGCAGUCAAGUGCUACUACUGCCAUUAGCUCGACAACUGCAGCUCCAGCACCAGUAACUAUACCAGUCCCAGCUGCUGCCCCAGUGCUGUCUCCUGUCCCUCCACCAUCAGCACUAGAUGCAGCUGCUUGUGAAUCUGAACCUGUGAGUGCUCCUAAAGAAGACAAGCCAGUAGAACAGCCACCUUCUGAGGCAUCAGCUGCUCUCACCUCGUUAUCAACUGACAGUACAACAGGUGAUGCAUCUCGAUCAAAUCUUUUUGAGGAUGCUAUUAGUGCACUUGUGACAGGUCAGUCAUAUGAGAAUAUGGUGACUGAGAUCAUGUCAAUGGGCUAUGAGCGAGAGCAAGUAAUCGCAGCGCUGAGGGCCAGCUUCAACAAUCCUGACAGAGCAGUGGAAUACCUUUUAAUGGGUAUCCCAGGAGAUAAUCAAGCUGUGGCUGAACCCCCUCAAGCAUCAAACACUGGUGCCCCUCAGUCUCCAGCAGUGGCAGCAUCAGUAGCAACUAUACCUACAACUACUAGUUCAUUAGGAGGACAUCCACUGGAGUUUCUACGAAAUCAGCCUCAGUUCCAGCAGAUGAGACAAAUUAUCCAGCAAAAUCCUUCCCUGUUACCAGCACUGCUACAGCAGAUUGGACGAGAAAACCCUCAACUACUGCAGCAAAUAAGCCAACACCAGGAACAUUUUAUUCAUAUGUUGAAUGAGCCAGUUCUAGAGUCCCGCCAAGGUUUAAGUGGCAGUGAUGAUGGUGCCAACACUGGAGGUGUAGUGGAAGCUGGAAAUGGUCACACAAACUACAUUCAAGUAACACCUCAAGAAAAAGAAGCUAUUGAAAGGUUGAAGGCAUUAGGAUUUCCUGAAGGACUUGUGAUACAGGCAUAUUUUGCUUGUGAGAAGAAUGAAAACUUGGCUGCCAACUUUCUUCUACAGCAGAACUUUGAUGAAGACUGAGAGACCUUUUUUUAUUUUUAAUUUCACACCUCACACCAGUGCAUUACACUACUUUUGUUCACUGGAUUGUCUGGGAUGUUGUGGUUUAUAUUCAUAAUGCUUGGUGUAUGGUAUAUGGGGGAGGGAGGAGAAAAGAACAUAAGAAACAAAGCAAAGAAAGCAUAAAGUGGUCUGCUUUGAAGUAGCAGAUGGAGAAAGUCACACAAUGUAAAAUAAUAUACAACCAAAAAUCAGCUUCUGCAGAUAAUUAAGUCCUAUAAACUGUAGGUUAACUUUUUGCAGGUUUUCACUCUUACCAUGUUAAUUUCAGAAAUGUAGUGUAAUGCCCUGCUUUAUGUUCUUUCUGCUUAAUACUGGUAUGGGUAGUAGCCUGUGCUAUCUAGAUUCUACUGUCUGUAUUUUAUGGCAAAACUGGGUAGCAUCUUUGUGAAAUCCAAAAAAAAAUUAGUAAAUAUACAAAGGAAUACAAAAAUCUGGUCAGUUAUUUUUGCUUUUCCAGAAGUGUUAAGGUAGGGCAAGAAGCACAGUAUUUUGUUUAAGGCUGGAUUAAAACAAUGUUGGCUUUUUUUCAUCAAGCAAAAGUUUGAUUUCCAAGUGUCCUGAUCAUUGAUAAAUUCUGGCCCCUCCUUUUACCCCCCCUCAGCAAUGAUCUGAGAAGCUAUAUACAUAGAGGUAAAAUUAUCACUCUGUGUACAUCCUUUUGGGGAAAAUGUUAAAUGUUACAUUGCAGUAAAAGUUUUGAAAGCAAUAGAUUGCAUGUUUGGUUUUGUUACACGCGCUCCUGUGAAUUGAAUAUUUUUUUUUUCUCUGCCAGCAAACAAAAUGCAAGCUUCAUUUCUGUUCACAGCAAUGAGACUUUAUUAAAUCAAAAUUCAUCUUCCUACCUUUGUUGAACCAGCUUUUGUAACACAAGUGUAAAUGUCUGCACAUACUGGUAUUCUUUUGCUCUUGAGCUGAUUAUAAUGACCAAACUCUUGCUGUGCAGUAAGGACUUCUUUUUGAGGAAGAGAUGCUCAUAACUUGAGAUAUCAGGCAAACAAGUUAGUUCAAUUCAAAGAAUCUCCAUUAAUUUCUUUUUGUUGAAAGUAAGCAAUGCUUAGAGUUUUGAAUUCUACUUCUUGAGAACUACCUGCCAUUUCUUUUGGUUAGUCAUUACGUAGUGUAACCAUCUUCCUUUUAGUAUGCAUUGAGUUUUGGACACAAAUUUGCACUUCAUUGCAAUCUUAGCAAUGAAAACAAAUGCUAAUUUAAUACAAAGAUACUAUGUGUGACAUUUCCUGAAUACAGCUUGGGGAUGUUUUGAUUUAUUUUUUUUUACAGUUGUAUUCCAGUUGCCUGUAUUAAAAAUCUAUCUCUGCAGUAACCAAGAAGAUACUAACAUGGCUACAACACUGAGCUGUUGUGUCGCUAGAGAUGUUAACAGUGUAGUGGUACAACUGAUUUUUUUUCUGCUUAGUUUGUGCAUCGGUGGAUUAACUCCUUAACUACUGCUUAGCAGCAAAAUACAAGUGAAGUGUCUGGAGAGAAGAAAUUGAGAGACUGUUAACAUUUGUAUUCUGUUUCUCCUUUGGUUAGCUGUAGUCUGUUAAACAAUUAACUGCACAAAUCAGUGAAAUAUAUUGAUGCUUUUUACUUUCUUCUUUCUUUCUUUUGGCAUCCAUGAUGCUUUUUCCAGUUAGCACGUGUUUUAACCAGGUUAAAUUCUUUCAUCAUUUCAUAGGUUUCUAAUGACUAAGCGAUCAGUAGCACAACCCAAAUCUAUCAGUAUCAGUGGGAGGUGUGAUAUGGCUUGAUUAGAAAAUAAUUCUUUCAUAGUGUUUUCAUUUUAAGGAAGUUAAUACCUGAGUUAGACAUUAGAGUUAAGCAAAAUAGGAUCCUCAGUAUUUUUUCUGGACUGGAAGAGAUGAAUUUUGAUUUAACACUCUGCAGGCAGAAUGUUCAAUAGAGCUCUAUUUGCAAUCUGUCAAAGGACCAGCUGACAGGUACUUGAAAAAUGCCAAAUUGAUAAAAGGACUUCCUGAAUGUACUUCACUACCUAGCUAAUAACUAAGGCAAAAGCUUUUAGUUUGUGGGGAUCUUCUGUACUGAUCAAACUGCCAUUAGAAAUAACCAUUCCUUUGCUAGGAGGAGCAAAGCAAAAAUGUCUGUUAGUGUUUCAGUCUGCUCCCUCCAAUUUUGAUUAUGAAGUGUUUACUUACUAUAAAUGUUAAUAAUUAAAGAGUAUUGAGUUUGACCUUUUUAAAAAGAGAAGUUAACUUUGGUUGUUUGUAACUUUGUAUACUUAGUGACUGAGGAGUUUAAAGCUUCAGCUGUGGCUGAAGCCUUAGUAUUAAUUCUGCUCCCAGUUUUCAUCAGUGGGGCAGUCUUUAUGUGACCUGUGAUGAACAAAGGGUGUCUUGAGCUUAUACGCUAGCAAAAACUGGGGAUACCUGCCAGUGAGAACCAUGUAUUUCUUCAUAGCCAAAAGUGAAGUGUGUAUGGAACUCAUGGUGUUACAAAGGUAAGCGUGACCUGAGUAAGUUAAGUCGCUUGUCUAUACUGCAUCUUGUUUUCUGCCAAGUACUACCAGGAAUUUUCUGCACAGAGUGCUUUUCACCAUGUUUGCUGCAGAUAUCUUGGGGAUUUAGGGAGCCGUCUCCUCAGGGCUUUGUGAACUGUAGCUAAGAAAAUAAAGUAUUUCUUCCUAA